AUGGCACCUACCACGAUCCGGACGCCGCCCGCUCUUGCGGACUUCAAACCUCUUGAAGAGCACCUCCGACAAACUCCCGAGACAUUCUUCGGCGGAAAACCAGUCCUCUACUACCAUGCGACCGGCGCAAAGGCCUGGAUUCCCAAGUCGCAGCGCGGCAGGUUGCCCUUCUUCCCGGCCGACCUCGAGGCCGAACCUACAGCUCCUGAAGGUGCCGCUUUGAGUGAGGGUGCUGAGGAAACCGUUGAGCAGAAAGUUGAUCUCUACGUCAAUUCCCAAAACCUCACAAUAUUCUCCCCUUCCGCCGAAGUUGGCUUUGAGAUCCCCUACCCCGUGAUUAGCAUUCACGCGAUCAAGACCAUUGGCACCGGCGAAACAAAGUACCCCUCCGUCUUCCUCCAGCUCGAGCUCUCCCCCGACGGCGGCGCCGACGACGACGACUUUGAAACCGUCGAACUCACCCUCAUUCCCCCACCUGCUCCUGCCACCGAAUCCCAACAAACCGAAACCGAGGAGGAGCCAACAAUCGGCAAGAAACAACCCGACAAUGAAGCAACAAAACUCUACAAAGCCAUCUCCGCUUGCUCCGAUCUCAACCCCGACCCCGUCGAGGAAGGCGACGAAGACGAAGACUACGACGAUGACAGGAUAGUCUUUGAGGGCGAUGUCAUUGAAGGUUUCCAGGGCGUGUUUGCGGGGUCGAAUUCGGGAGGUCUGCCGCCGCCGAUGCCUGGCAGUUCCGGGUGGAUCACGGCGGAGAACGUGCACGAGUACUUCGAUGAACAAGGAAACUGGAUCGGUGGGGAAGAGGAGGUUGAGAUUGAGAUCGAAGGAGAGGAAGAUGGUGGCGUAAAUGGAGGAGAGCUUGGUGAAGGUGCUGGUACCGUGAGGAGGAGGGAGGAUGUAGAGGAUCCGGCUGAUGGUGGUGGAGAAAAGGAUGAACAGGGUGAGAAUAAGAGGGCUAGGAUUGAGUAGGGAACUUAAGGUCGAGCGAAAGCGCCCAAUAGACGCCUGUGCGUUCCAGCUGUUGGAGUGGACAUGGCUAAGACUGGGUACAAUGAGCUUGGUAUGCUUCUGGGGAUGGUCGGGCCCAAACAACGGAACCUUUGGAAACUCAGUCCUUUUUCUGGCACUUGGUAUCGGUCUGAAGAGAGACCGAGACGAAAGAAGGUGCAUAAAAAUUCACGAUCAGCGUGUUAAGGACGGGUCUAGUCCUCGUGAGUACAGACAAUGAUUGCCAAUACGUGAGUCUU